UAAAAGAUGGUGCAACUAAAAUUUAUAAGAAGUAUGAUAUCUGAUUAGUUAAGAAUACAUACUUUAUGAGUUGUAUCUCCGAUAAACACUACUUUCUGUUAAUAAAAAUUAAAUUAUUAUUUUUAAGGAUAAAAAUAUUAUAGUAUAUAGAUCAAUAUAAAAAAAAAGAAAAGAAAUAGAUUACCUUAUAAAAGGAUAAGGAACCAUACUACAAAUGCCGCAAGCGCCCCCUGUAUACUCUGCGCCCCUCUUCAAUCUCAUGUAUCCUUCUUCCCCCAAUUAAGUAGUCUCAUGUAUCCUUCUUCCCCCAAUUAGGUAGUCUCCUUCCUGCGGAUCUACUCCCUACUCAACGAUCAAAACCUCAUGAUUUAGGUUUGAUUUUUCAGUUGGGUAACCUUGAAAAACUCCUCCAUCAUACUUAUACCAACUUUUGUCCACUCCUACCGCCGCGACAACCGGCAGCAAAUCAACUAUCUUCUACAGACUUUUCUCAUCUAUGUCAAAGUACCUGCGAUACCUGUCGAUGUGUGCGACAUGGUGACUCGCUAACUUACGAUUGCACUUGCCCUUUUGCCCUUGUAUUCUGUGAAAUGAUAGAUUCCCAAAGGGGGAAACGGGUACCCAUCCCAACUAGUAAUUCCACCAUUAAGUAGUAUAUAAUGAAAUGCCAAUGAUGAAUUCUCAUAUUCUCCGCUUGGAUUGUUCAUGAGAAUACCGGUAUCGGUGCAGUCGAGUAUAAGAUAAAAAAAAGAUAUUACACUUUAUUUGGUCGCUUGACUGAGAGGGGGAAGCAUCCCUUUCCUUCGGCGUGCAUGUAGAGUCGUAUCUGUCGCAUGUAUGCGCAAGAUGGAUGACUUCAAGAGACAAAUCAUGACACCAAAAGAAGAAAAACAUAUAGAUUGGCGAGAGAAAGACGCAGCUAUUCCCGUAAAAAACUAAUUUAAAUGUGGUAAGUACAAAUUUUUUCAUCAAAUAGAUAAAAACGACUUUAUAUUAUUUUUUUUUUAAAAAAAAUAAUUUUAUCUUUUUUUUUAUAUUUUGUUUUAUUGUAUUAUAGAUUGCUGCUGGGCAUUUGCAACAGCAACAGCAAUGGAGAGCCUCCACGCAAUUAAAAAAGAAGAACUAAUCAACUUAUAGGUUUUCCUGCACCGAUAAGUUGAUCAGUUCUUUUUUAAUUGCGUGAAGGCUCUCCAUUGUUGUUGCUGCUGCAAAUGCCCAGCAGCAAUCUAUAAUACAAUAAAACAAAAUAUAUAAAAAAAGGAUAAAAUUGCUUUUUCCAAAAAAAAAUAUAUAAUAUAAAGUAAUUUUUAUUUAUUUGAUGAAAAAAUUUAUAUUUACCACAUUUAAAUUGGUUUUUUACGGGAGUAACUGCACUUUUCUCUCGCCAAUCUAUAUGUUUUUCUUCUUUUGAUGUCAUGAUUUGUCUCUUGAAGUCAUCUAUCUUGUGCAUACAUGCGACAGAUACGACUCUAUAUGCACGCCGAAGGAAAGGGAUGCUUCCCCCUCUCAUUUGAGCGACCAAAUAAAGUGUAAUGUCUUUUUUUAUCUUAUACUUGACUGCACCGAUACCAGUAUUUUCAUGAACAAUCCAAGGGGAAUAUGGAAAUUCAACAUUGGCAUUUCAUUAUAUACUACUUAAUAGUGGAAUUACUAGUUGGGAUGGGUACCCGUUUCCCCGUUUGGGAAUCUAUCAUUUCACGGGAUACAAGGACAAGUGCAAUCGUAAGUUAGCGAGUCACCAUGUCGCACACAUCGACAGGUAUCACAGCUACUUUGACAUAGAUGAGAAGAGUUUGGAGAAGAUAGUUGAUUUGCAGCCGGUUGUUGCGGCGGUAGGAGUGGACAAAAGUUGGUAUAAGUAUGAUGGAGGAGUUUUUCAAGGUUGCCCAACUGAAAGAUCAAACCUAAAUCAUGAGGUUUUGAUCAUUGGGUAGGUAGUAGAUCCGCAGGAAGGAGACUACCUAAUUGGGGGAAGAAGGAUACAUGAGAUUGAAGAGGGGCGCAGAGGAUACAGGGGGCGCUUGCGGCAUUUGUAGUAUGGUUCCUUAUUCUUUUAUAAGGUAAUUCUAUUUCUUUUUUUUUUUUUUUUGAUAUUGACCUAUAUACUAUAAUAUUUUUAUCCUUAAAAAUAAUAAUUUAAUUUUUAUUAACAGAGAGUAGUGUUUAUCGGAGAUACAACUCAUAAGGUAUGUAUUCUUAACUAAUCAGAUAUCAUGCUUCUUGUAAAUUUUAUUUGCACCAUCUUUUAAUUCAUUAUUUUAUUUUUUCCAAAAUUUUUUGUUAGAAUUUCAGGUCUGUACCACAACAGAGAGAAUAUACUUGCGAAGGAGAAAUCAAGUACAAGACAUUUCUUAUACCGCUCUUGAGGGAUGAAUCAACCUUUUGUGGAUCAUGUCAAAAUUGUUACUUGUUUCACUCGCAUUUCAUUUGACUUUUCUAUAGUCAUGCGGAUUUGUUCAGUUAUUCUUAUUUUGUCUACUUAUUCUAUUUGAACUUAGUCCAAAAUAUAUAUAGUUUACAGUCUUUUGCUUAUAUUACGUAGUUCAAUCACUAAAGUUGGAUGCACACAUGAUAUGUGCAUUCUCUAAAUAGUCUCAAAGCAUUCAAUCUGCAUGCACUGCGUUCUUUCUUUAUUGUUUAAGAAAGUUACUCUUUUAGUCAUUGUUUACAGUGAUAAUAGCAUGAUACACAUUGAUCGUCUUGAGUAUUAUAUCAGAGAAGAGCUCAACAAAACAGCACCUCGAACUACGGUCGUCUUGCAUCCUGUAAAGGUUGUCAUCACAAAUCUAGAUAAUGAAUCGAUAAUAAAUGUUGAUGCAAAAAAGUGGCCCGCUGCUCUUUCAAAUGAUGGUUCUUCCUACUACAAGGUUCCUUUCACAAGUAUUCUUUACAUUGAACGCUCGGAUUUUCGCAAAAACGAUUCGAAAGAUUACUAUGGCCUCGCUCCUGGUAAAUCUGUCCUCCUCAGAUAUGCCUUUCCAAUAAAGUGCACAGAUGUUAUAUAUGGUGACGACGAAAAUAGUGUUAUUGAAAUUCAUGCUGAGUAUGAUUUUUUGAAGAAAACAAAACCGAAGGGUGUUCUACAUUGGGUUGCCCAACCUUCUCCUGGAGUUGAACCUUUGAAGGUGGAAGUCAGACUAUUCGAGAAAUUGUUCCUUUCAGAGAAUCCUGCUGAACUAGAAGAUUGGCUAUCCGAUCCGAAUCCGAAUUCGAAGGAGGUUACUUUGCUGUGGAUCCUGAUACUAAUUCUGAGAAGCCUGUUUUCAACAGAACUGUUACUCUCCGGGACGCUUAUUCCAAAGGUGGAAUCAAAUAGGUUGAAUCACACCAGUAAAUUAAUUCUCAGGAACUGUAAAACAAAAAAUAAAUAGAAUGAAAAUGAAUAAAACGAACACCGGGUUUCUUGAUUAAUUGUAGCUGCUACUGAUUUGUUUGCUUAAAAUACUACGUCGAAGGCGAAUGUUCUGUUGUAGAUAAUUUUGCUGUUUAUGUUUCCAGGCAAUCUCGCAUUAUUGAAAAGAAAAGAAAGUCGGUGGGUUGUCUGGACGGAAAAAAACAACAUUAUUUUCAGUACUAAACUUUUCAAUGCUA